GCGGCGAAGGAGAGGAAGAAGACGAAGAAGAGGGGUGAGGAGAGAGAAAGAGAGCGCCGCCGGCGGCGGGGGGGGAAUGGAAGGGGCGGCGGUGCUGAGCCAGCUCGUGGGGCGGAUCCAGGAGCUGUGGGAGAUGUAUGGAUCCUACUACGCGCUCGAUCACCUCGAUCCGAGAUGCUAUAGACUUGAUUUUGAGAAAGGCUUAAUCGAGGACGAUUGUUGUGGGGUGCUAUUGGGAGGAAAAUCUCAGCUGUUAAAGACUGCAGAAACUGAUGAAUCCGCGCCGUGCAAGAGACAUCGUAUAGAAAAGGGUGGUGAGAAAGCGAUUGUUUCGGCUUCACCUGAAACAAUGGAACAGAAGAUCUGGAAAGAGCUUCCUGAAGAGCUUCUCGAAGCCGUUAUCGCAAGGCUUCCCAUAGCUACAUUCUUCCGUUUUCGUUCUGUCUGCAAGAAGUGGAAUUCCCUGUUGACCUCAACCAGCUUCGCCAAAAGCUAUUCCGAAGUCCCACGCUCCUAUCCUUGGUUGAUCACGGUAACCUACAAUAUGGAAUCUAGAGGAGCCAUGUAUGACCCUUCGCUAAGAAAAUGGCACUAUCCUUCCAUCCCUUUCUUGCCUAUUAGCUAUGUGAUUUGUCCUGUGGCCUCAGCCGGCGGUCUAAUCUGCUUUGCGGAUAUGCGCCAGAAGUGCUUCUACAUUUGUAACCCUCUGACUGGUUCGUUCCGGAAGCUUCCGCCUGGACCUGUCCCCGUCCAACCACAAUUGGCGGUGGGGAUGACGCUAAAUGGGACUACUUCAACCGGUGGCUACAAAGUACUUUGUGUAGCAUACAACAGGGAUUACGGAGUCUUCGACUCCUUAAAUAAUAGUUGGACAUGGCUCGGCGCGGUUCCUCCAAGCAUCAAACUCCCAAUCGCCAUGAGUUUUAUGUCCCAAGCUAUCUCUAUCGGCGGUGCAAUUUACUUUAUGCGAGCGGAAGCUGAUGGCAUAUUGUCGUACCACGUAAACAACGGCUCGUGGAAGCAGUUCAUCAUCCCAUUGCCGCAAAAUCUCAAGGACCAUGCGCUUGCGGAGUUUGAGGGGCGGCUUAUGCUCGUGGGGCUGCUUUCCAAAAAAGCCGCCACGUGCGUGUGCUUAUGGGAGUUGCAGAAGAUGACACUCCUGUGGAAGGAGGUGGACAGAAUGCCAAAUGUGUGGUGCCUACAGCUUUUCGGGAAGCACGUGCGUAUGGCUUGCCUCGGCAAUCGGGGCAUCCUCUUUCUCUCUCUGAAGCUGUGGUGGACGGACCGUCUCGGUACGUUUAACAUUUCGAGUCUAGUUACAUACGACAUGUCGAGUAAGGAGUGGCAGAAGGUUCCCGAUUGCUCUCAGUGGGUUGCAUGUGGCACCGAAUUUUACCCGUGCCCAUCUGCUUUGGUUUGACGGCUUUCUCGCGAAGCUGAAAUGCUGCACUUUGUGCGCCGCAUCAGCGGUCUGCUCGCCCAUCUCGUAGCCGUUGAUUCCAUGCUGUGCUUUCGACCCAGCUGUCUAUGAGAUGGAGGGGCAGCGUGCGCUUCAUGCGGUGCAUCUGGUGCAGGGGAUGAUUUUUCCUGUGUUUCUCUGCAAGAAGGUCCGAGCACGAAAUUGAAAUUUCUCUCUGCAGCUUUUAUCGCACAAGCUGUUCUCGGGUAAUUUAAUGGCUUAGAACUGUUGUUUAGAUCUUGAUGUCGCGGUAUCGGCGCCACCACGAAUGAUUUUAAUAACCCUUUCUGUUCGUGUACGAACCAUAAAUGCGAAGACAUUAUUGGUCGCCUCUUUUGUCUCUUUUUUGAAUUAUGAUGGUUAGUUUCUUGGUCUCUUUUCAUAGUGUUGCGUACAACACUGAAUUGGCCUUUGUAGAUCGGGUUAUAGUUAUGUUGCUUUAGUUUGACCACAAACUACUUUUUUUC